CAUUGUUCGACCCAAAUCUCAAAUCAUAAAUCUAACAAUCCCAGCCCAUCUCUCAUCCAUCAAUAUAUCAAAGAAUCGUAACAGAUGCAAGAUUAGGGUUCGUAAUCAUCUUCUUCUUCUUCCUCUUCACCGCAGACGUCGGCUACUCUUUGGUGAAGCAAAAAUGGUGAAGGGUCGCCAGGGAGAACGUGUCAGACUCUACACUAGAGGAACGGUUCUCGGGUACAAGAGGUCGAAGUCGAACCAGUACCCGAACACAUCGUUGGUUCAAAUCGAAGGAGUUAACACGAAAGAGGAGGUAGCCUGGUAUCAAGGAAAGCGCUUGGCUUACAUCUAUAAAGCUAAGGUGAAGAGGGAUGGAUCACACUAUCGAUGCAUUUGGGGAAAAGUUACCAGGCCUCAUGGUAACACUGGUGUUGUUCGUGCUAAGUUCACGUCCAAUCUUCCUCCUAAAUCCAUGGUAAGGGAGCUAGGGUUAGGGUGUUCAUGUACCCAAGCAACAUCUAAGUUUAUAGGGAGGGAGAAGAAGGAAAAUGUUAUUGGUGGUGUUUAACAUGUUUUGUGAUAUUUUCUAUUUGUUCAAGUUAUUUGAAUUUAUGUUGGAAUUGGUAAUUGAACAGACAUUGGAAUGAGUUUUAGUCUUUUAGAAAGCUUUGUCACCAUGGUUGUCUUCUGUUUGUAGAGUGUGAAUCCGAAGCCUUUUAUUUUUGGUAAUUGUGGAUUUGAAACCCUUCUUUGCCUAUAAAGUUCACAGAUUCAUGUCCAU